CACGUGCUGUUUACGGUGUCGUACCCGGAAGUGUGAGCGGAAGUGCUGGAGCGGUGAACACGGACGAACAUGGCCGCUGGUUUUCUGACCAGAGCGGCUGGUUUGUUUCAGCUCCGCCGGUCAGCGACGCUUCUGACCGGGACAAGAUUUUACCGGACAACCGAACCGGAGCCGCCGACGGUGAAACAGCAGAGCGACGGAAUAAGGAGAAUAAUCUUGAACAAUCCCCAGAAGAGAAAUGCUCUGUCUCUGUCCAUGUUGGAAUCUCUCAGAGAAAACCUCGUCACUGACGUCGACAGUGACGAUCUCAGAGUUAUUAUCAUAUCAGCCAAAGGUCCGGUGUUUUCCUCCGGACACGACCUGAAGGAGCUGACGUCCGCUCAGGGCAGAGAGUAUCACACCAAGGUGUUUCACACCUGUGCAGAGGUAAUGACUCUGAUCCAAGACAUACCUGUUCCAGUGGUCGCCAUGGUGAAUGGAGUUGCCACGGCGGCCGGUUGCCAGCUUGUUGCCAGCUGCGAUAUUGCCGUGGUGACCGAGAAGUCAACCUUCGCCACGCCGGGGGUAAACGUGGGUCUGUUCUGCUCGACGCCGGCGGUGGCCAUCGGCAGAGCUGUGCCGCGGAAAGUCGCCAUGGAGAUGCUGUUCACUGGAACUCCCAUCUCAGCCCAUGAUGCUUUGCUGCACGGUCUGGUCAGUAAGGUGGUGCCAGAGGAGCGACUGGAGGAGGAGACGUUGGCCAUCGCCCGGCGGGUGUGUCAGGCGAGCCGACCCGUCGUAGCCCUCGGAAAAGCCACUUUCCAAAGACAAAUGGCUCAAGGCCGAGACGCAGCGUACGCCACCGCCUCCAAGGUGAUGGUGGACAACCUGGCUCUGAGCGACGGACAGGAGGGGAUCCGAGCCUUCAUAGAGAAACGCAAACCAGUGUGGAGCCAUAAACCAGAAAAGGCCCACGACUGACGGACGGACGGACGGUUUGGAGAAACUUUAACCACCGCACGUCACUGCAGUGAUGGACGUAUUGUGCUGAUUGGUGCUCGUGGUUGAAUAAUUAGCACCAGGCCUGAGUCAGUGAUUGGACUGUGAACAUGAGAGAGUUUAAUUUGAACCAUGAUAAGGUUUGAAAUCGUCGACUUCAUGUCCCCUGAGGAUUUAGUCACUGAACCGCUGUGCCUUUAAAAAAUCUGCUGAGUAGAGACGAGAGGGAAAAACACUGAUGAUGAAAUAAUAGACUCAUAAUUACAAAGAAUGCUGCUCGCUGUAUAAUAUUUGUAAAAUGUUUAAUGCAGUACAGUAACUCUCUAAAUCAUUUUCCCAACCAAAGUGUUUAUGAGAACGUAAAACCUCUUUUCAACUCACUGGGAGAAAAACAUGGAAAUCAUCCAGAAUCAGGCCUAAAAUUUAUUACUUACAAUUCUACAUUUAGAUGUUUUUGGUUUCUGGUUUCAGAGUCUGCACUUACUACGUCAUAGACGGUGAUUUGUUUAUGUCUAAGGAAUUUUAUUUCAUGUAAAUAAUAAAAAUGAGGAAACAGA